UGCUGCGCAGCAUGGCUGCCAUAGAGGAGAAGGCCCCCGAGCCACAGGAGGAUGGUGAGAGCAGAUGCCCCAGCAGCUCCCUGGAGGUGGAGGGCCCUCAGGACCCCCUGGGGCUGUGCAGAGCCGCUUUGGCUGGGGACACCCGGGGAUGCCCUGCCAGGAGCCCCCGACCAGGCCCUUGCGGGCAUCCCCUGGGGAGACCUGCCAGGUCCUCAGGGGGUGCUCAGUGGGGGGAUGCCCGCACCCAUUGCUGCUGCCCUGCCUCCCCCAGAGUGUGUGCUGUGCCGCCGCUCGGACUCCCCCAUGGAUGGCUGCGGGCCGAUGCAGCAGGUGGAUGGGGUCUGUGCCCACGUCUUCUGCCUGUAUCCAGCCCAGGGGCUGUACCAGCGAGGCGCUGAAGGGGAAGGACUCUGCCGAUUCCUCCCCGUGGAUAUCAGGCGGGUAGCGAAGCGGGCAGCUCGCAAGCGGUGCUGCGUCUGCCGAAAGAAGGGGGCCACCGUCGCCUGCCGGCAGAAGCGGUGCUCACGCCGGUUCCACCUGCCCUGCGGCUCCCAGCGGGGCUGCAUCUCACAAUUCUUUGGGGACUACAGCUCCUUCUGCUGGGAGCACCGCCCGCAGCAGACCCUGGAGACGCUGCAGGAGGGGCACACCAUGUGCAUCAUCUGCAUGGAGACGGUGGAGGACAGCCCCUCCUACACCACCAUGGUGUGCCCCUCCUGCAAGCACGCCUGGUUCCACCGGGGCUGCAUCCAGGGACAGGCACUUCGGGCGGGCCUCAGCCACUUUGCGUGUCCCCAUUGCCGGGACCAGGAGCGGUUUGUCCCUGAGAUGCUGCUGAUGGGAAUCCAAGUGCCAGACAUGAAGCCGGCUUGGGAGGAAGAGGAGGAGGCGGUGGCACUGUCACAGCUGUAUGGCCACUGCGAUGCCAGGCGGUGCCUGUACAGGGGAGGCCGGGAGCAGUGGGAAGAGGAAGGGCCCUGGCAGCUGCUGCUCUGCUCCUCGUGUGCCGCCAGCGGGACCCACCGCCGAUGCUCCCGCCUUGGGGACACCACGCAGCAGUGGGAGUGCGCUGGCUGCGCUGGGGUGGGCACUGGUAAGGGGCACAGGGUGCUCAGGCUCGGGGCGGCAGAGCCCUUCAUGACCUUGGAGGGAAGGACUGCAAAGCUGGGGCCUCUGCGGGCCAGGCAGGGUGGCCAGAUCCGCUGACCUUCCUGCCUCCCCUUGCAGCUCCCAGCUCCUCGCUCUCACGACCAGAGAGGAGAGCCCGCCGGGGCAGGGUGCUGCCCCACCACCACAGCCCCUACGCC